AAAAGGAGGAAGAUGCAAAUGGCAAGAAUUGAAUUACCAGAAGCUUUGGUUAUGGAAAUUCUGUCAAAGCUUCCAGUUAAAUCCCUUAUUCGCUUCAACUGUGUUUGUAAGUAUUGGUGUUCUUCUUUUCAAAUUCCUCAUUUCAUUUUUAAACAUUAUCACAACAACCUUGAAAACAACAACCUUAAUCUACUUCUUAGACGCCAUGAUGGUAACACCUUCCAACCUUAUCUCUCUCAACUUUCAAACGAAAAAGAUCAAAAAGAUUUAGUCAAACAGAACAUUCACUUGCCUUUUUUUAAGAAUGCAAUCCCCUCUGUUUAUGGUGCUUGCCAUGGAUUAUUGUGUUUACAAGAACCUUCAACGGAUAAGGCUGCCCUUUGGAACCCAUCAACCAGAGAGUUUAAAAUCCUUCCACCAUCUUCAAUCCAACGCCCUCCAUAUCUUUCCCCCAUGGAAGGUAACCUUGCUUUAUAUGGCGUUUCUUUCGACCACGCUGCUUUGGGGUUUGAUUCUAAAACUAAUGACUACAAAGUCAUACGAUUUGUUAGUUUUAUUUAUUAUCAUAGUCCAUUUGUUACUCGUACUUUUGUUAAUAUUGAAGAAGAGCAACGAUAUGCAUAUCCUCAUUAUGAGUUCCAAGUUGAGUUGUAUUCAAGUAGAAGUGAUUCCUGGAAGGAACUUCCAUGUCCUCUUUAUACACCAACUGAUUUAAUUUUGGGAAAUAAUUAUGUAGAUGGGAUUUGCUAUUGGAAAACAAUGACAGAGGCAUAUCUUGGACUAAUUCUUUUAUUUGACUUGGCAAAUCAGAAGUUUUCAAUUUUACCUUUCCCAGAAAUUACUGGGUCUUGCUUACAUUACUAUGAUAAUAUAUUGAUGUUUAAUGGAUCACUUAGUGUCAUUGUUUGCCUAUUGGAAGGAACUGGCAUGUCUUUUGAUUUAUGGGUUACGAGUGAAGGAGCAUGGACUAAACAAUUCAGUAUUGAAUCUAUUUCUGGAGUUUUACACCCAUUAGGGUUUGGGAAAAACGGUGAGCUAUUUCUUAGAGACACAAAUAAUGAAAUAGUCCUAUUUGACCUCUCCACCCAAGAGCUUAAGGAGCUUGAGAUUAAUACUUAUCUAGAUCAUUUUCAAGAGUCCAUCUCCCUUCACGCCUAUGUUGAGAGCCUGGUUCGUAUCAAUGGAAUACAAGAGCAUGAGAAACAUAUAAUACGUCAACUGGCUGGAGAUGCAUCAAAAAAAUAUUGAAUAUGAAGAGGAAUAUGCAUGAAAUGGAUACCCAAUAUGAAGAUGGAUAGGGAACUAGAACAUAAAGGUGUAGGAUGUAAUUGGAACUUUUUGUUUUGAGCUUCUUGAUAUUGCUACUAUUGUUUGAGAUGUUAGCCUUUGUCUGGUUUGUGGAUUUGGAGAAUUGUUAAGUAUAUGUUUAUUUUUAACUGCUUAGUGUUUUAUAAGAUUUUUGCCAUAGUUUGAAAAUGCUAUUUUGUAUGAAUAAACUUCCAAAGUGGGGAAAUGUAUAUAAGCUCAAAAUGCAUAACA